AGAUUCAGCUAUAUAGCCUUGCUUAGAUUUGCGAUUUUUGGGAGAAUAAUUUAGUUGGGAAAUUGUCGGCGAAGAUAAAUAAAACCAGAUAAGUCGUGGUGUGCAUGGAGCUCAGGCUCCAGUUCAACCGUAAGAGCCCGGCCAAAUACAGUAACCAUGGAGGAUAAAAACCUUAAUCAUUGGUAAAGAUCGCAACCGUAAUACAUGGACUGCUUAAGAUUUUCAAAAUCAUUGUCCAUUGCUUCCAUCUCUAGUGCAUGCUUCAGUGACAAGACGUUGAUAAAUAAAAAUGGCCUCUUGUUGAAAGCCAAACUCAACAACGAAUCCGACCCACUGCUCCAAGCAGCUGCUAAAGCCGCAUCUCUUCGUUUUCAGGAGACCCAUCGACCAGAGCCUCUGUUUGUCGAUCCAUAUGCUGGUUGCUUUGUUGCUCCUAAUGUUGAAAUGGCUAUGAAAAAGUAUUCACACCAUUAUUGUCUUGCAACGAAGUUCAUUGAUGAUAAGUUACUUCGUACUGUGAACCAUAUCGAUGGACUUAAGCAGGUUGUUCUGUUGACAGAUGGCAUGGACACUCGGCCUUACAGGCUUAACUGGCCAAAUUCAACCAUAAUAUAUGAUAUUUCCCCUGAACGGAUAUUCAAAAAUUCAGCUAAAAAGCUUGAAGGUGUUGGGGCUAAAAUUCCAAGAAGUUGCUUAUACCUUCAUGUUCCAUUAGAAUCGUCUAAUAUACAUGAAGUUCUGCAUUCUAAAGGGUUUAACGGUAAUCGCCCAAGCAUAUGGGCCAUCCAGGGACUGCCUGUGACGACUUUGGCAAGUUUCGAAGAGAUUUUGCUCCUCAUUAGUAGUUUGGCUAUGAAAGGAUGUUUCUGCCUGGGAGAAUUGCCUGCAUGGUUGACAGAAACUGAAAUUGGGAACAAGUCUACCACAAAAAAAUGGAUGGAAAAACUGUUCAUGAGCAAUGGUUUUCGGGUGGAAAUGGUUAGCUACAGUGAAGUUGCUGGCAGUUUGGGCAAGGAAUUAGCACCAGGAUACUACAAGAAUAUACUAUUUGUUGCAGAACAGCUGCGCUAUUCUGAUGUUCAGAUGGAAAAUUAUAGGAGAGAAUUCGAGAGGGUGGAGGAAGAAGCGGAUGAGGAAGGCUUUGAAGAGCUCUAACUGUAUUUAGAGAUUUUUAAUAUUUUUUGCUUGUGGCUACAGUGAUGAUUUUCUUUUAUCAUUUUUCCCCACUUUGUCAUUUAAUCAGCUACAUUGUAUAUGAAUUUGAUAAAGACAUAUUGAAGUACGACGUUUUCUCCUCAUUUUCUCAUCAA